ACUUAUUAGAAACAAACAUUCCAUUCCUAUUCCCUAUUCCAUUCAAAUUUUGAAUUCAUCUUCCCCAAUUCUGCUUCACAUUUUUCUCUCCUGAUUUCACUCUACGCCAAAGGAGGAAUAACAAAGAAUGGGCCGAGGUCCGGGUGUUAGUUGUAACAGAGGCCAGAGUUCUUUAGGUUACUUGUUGGGGGGAGAUGUGGAAGAAAAGGGUCGAAACGCACGACCGACACCAGAGGUUCUGAGCCACGGUGCCACCACCGAGCCCUCUAAGAAUUGCUUUGCAGAACCUUCGGUUGAAAAAAAUGGCACUACUGCAACAACUGCCGACGAGCCUGAUCAAAAGCCGGCUUCUAAGCCUUUCAGUGUCAUCAACCAAAAUCCUAGGUUUUCUGCUCAUAACAGCACGACAAACAAUUACCCCAGGGAAAAUGGACAGAAUCGUGGCAAUUUCGUCACGAACCGGUCUUCAACAAAGGUCAAUUACGCUCCUGGGGGCAGCUCUUCCCUUGGUUACCUCUUUGGUGGCGACAAGAAAUGAUAUCAUCGCGUUUGUGUGUCUGUGUGAGUAAUUCCCCUGUGGAUCGAAUUCACACUCUUUUGAAAAUGCAGGUUUCUACCAUCUUAAGGGUUAAAGUAUUGGUUGCAGUUUGCAUAUUUGCUAUGCUAAAUGGCCAGACAAUAGAAAUGUGGUUCCAUGUGUAACUGUAGACAGAAAUUUUCUAGUUUCAUUCUACAAGUGUUUGUAAAAAUUGAAAAUGCUUCAUCUAGUUGUGGUGUUUUGCGUUGUGUACUAAAAAUAGACAAUGAUGUGUCGUAUUAGUUGUUA